AUGCUUCCCACAUAUAAAACUCCCGAUGGCAGCUCCCAGAGCGACCGGUCCCGCGGACCGUACCAGAACACAUUCGCUCCAGCUCCAGCUCCAGCUCCUCCUCCUACUCCCUCCUAUCCACAAUCCACACACAGACCCCUCAUCGACAGCAUCACAAACGAGUGGCGCAAAGACCCGCACGCCUACGACUCCUCCUCCCUCGACGCGGAAGAAAAGCAGUGGAUCUGGGAAAAGUCGGCCUGGUCGGAACGUACGCGUGUGUUGCGCAAGCUCAGUCCGAAGCGUGUACCGAGGAGAAUUCAGAGAUAUAUGUGCAUCUACUGUAUACUGGUCCUGGUGGCGUGGGCGAGUUGGGAGACGACGUUUCGGGCGAGUUGGCAUGAAUGGAAGGAGUUACGGUGGGGCUUCGACCCGAACAACGCAGACGUGGUUGGCAGUAAUAAGGCCGUUGACUUUGACGGGCUGAUCAAGGUGAAGAAGCUGGAUAGUCAUUUGGUGCCGGGAGAGCAUGAAGGGACAGGGGCGAGGAAGAGAUUGGUUGUUGUAGGGGAUGUUCAUGGGUGUAAGGAAGAGCUCGUCAAACUGCUCGCCAAAGUCUCCUUCGACCGCACCACCGACCACCUAAUCUUCACCGGCGACCUCAUCUCCAAGGGACCAGACUCUGUCGGCGUCGUACAACUCGCACGCGACCUCGGUGCCUCUUCUGUCCGUGGCAACCACGAAGACAAAGUCCUGCUUGCACUCAAGGCUCACGAGGACUCAAUCACAUCGUCUACCAGUAGCCACCCAAAUUACGACAUCCCCGAAGACCCCGACGACCCGUCCCACAACUCCAAGGCGCUCGCCCUCGCCAAAACAUUCAGCAAAUCUGAGAUCGCAUGGCUCCAGGAGUGCCCGGUCAUCCUCAACAUCGGCCCAAUUCCCGGCAUGGGCGAUGUCAGCGUCGUCCACGCCGGUCUCGCCGUUUCCACACAUCUCGAGCACAUCUCCCUGGAAUCACAGGACCCGUACUUGUGCAUGAACAUGCGCACAGUGAACCUCAAAACUCGUCUUCCCACGCCUGCGCACGACGGCGUAUGCUGGGCGAAGAUAUGGAACUACGCCCAGAAGCAACGGAAGCUGGAGGAGCGCCAGACGGUCAUCUACGGCCACGACUCGCAACGGGGCCUGGGCUUGAAGAAGUAUACCAAGGGCCUGGACACGGACUGUGUCAAGGGCGGCAAGUUGACGGCGCUGGUCAUCACCGCGGGCAAGAAGGGCGGUUAUGUCAGGCAGGACACGUACAGUGUGCACUGUGGCACGUAUUGGGGCAAGGCGGAAUGA